AUGGCGGCGCAGUCCCCGCCCGGGGGAGCCCCCCACGGAUCGGCCUUGGGCGCAGGUGACCGCCGCCCAGCGGCUCCGCUCCGCCGCCUAGAGCCUAGAGGCGGUCACUGCGCUCCGGGACGCCCAGGCUCCGCCGCGGGCGCCGACCCCGUGCGCAGGGACCCGCCGGCCGCCCCGAGCUGCAGGCUGGAGGUGGCGUCUCAAGGGGGCACCCCCAUAGGGGCGGGAGGGUGGACAGCCGUGUCCCGGUCGCCGAGUGGCGAAGAGGUGACGGUAACCGCCUUCCUAUUUCCGCCCGGCCCGCGGCGCGGCGGGGUGACUGCGAGCGGAGAGGCGCUCGGUCCUCCCUCCGCCCUCCCGCACUGGGGGCCGGCCCUGCCUCCCGACGCCUUUUCCCCCCGCACGGCGGCGCCGCUCAGUCACUCGGGCUCCGCAGGUAGGGCAGGAGGCUGGAGCGCCUGCUGCCCGUCCGCCCGUAAAAUGGUCACCCCGGCUGGAGAGCUCGCCCUGUUCGCCCUGGGUAUUUUACUAGUCGUGUGCCAGGCCCUGGAGAACACCACAUCCACCCUGAGUGACCCGCCCGUGGCCGCAGCUGUGGUGUCCCAUUUUAAUGAUUGUCCAGAUUCCCACAGUCAGUUCUGCUUCCAUGGAACCUGCAGGUUUUUGGUGCAGGAGGACAAGCCAGCAUGUGUGUGCCACUCUGGGUACGUCGGUGCGCGCUGUGAGCACGCAGACCUCCUGGCCGUGGUGGCUGCCAGCCAGAAGAAACAGGCCAUCACUGCCUUGGUGGUGGUGUCCGUCGUGGCCCUGGCUGUCCUCAUCAUCGCAUGUGUGUUGAUACACUGCUGCCAGGUCCGGAAGCACUGUGAGCGGUGCCGGGCCCUCGUCUGCCGGCACGAGAAGCCCAGCGCCCUCCUGAAGGGAAGGACUGCCUGCUGCCACUCAGAAACAGUGGUCUGAGAAGCCCAGAGGAGGAGUUCAGCCAGGUGGACUGCGGCCGCCCAAUGAAGAAAGGACUUCUUCCGGAAGCACCGCCAGGGAUGCCUGGGUGCACAGGCAGACCUUCCCUCCUUGGCCUGAAAUUGCCUGUGCAGCCUUUUUGUCUUUUGUGGGCCUUCAAAACUCUGUCAAGAACUCUGUCUGCUUGGGGUUAUUUGGUGUGUCCUAGAAAAGAAGUCAUCAGGCCACGAUUUGAAGACCAGUCAAGAGAGAACUGCCAAGGGGUGGACUUCAUGUUUACAUAGACAAGGUGUACACGUCGGUCCUGGGUCUGCGUCCGGCGGUGGGCAGUUUUCUUCUGCCAGUUAUGGAUUCCAGGCUGUGUUUCUUUGCAAUGGGACCAUCUGUCCAUAGCAGUAUCCUGCCCAACACCAGAAGGUCUCGUCAUGGUUGCAGUUUUCUCGCAUCUGCCCAUCAGGGAAGACGGUGGAGAAAGGGUAGCUGCUUGCUGUUACGUGCAGACGCCAGGCUUCGGAGGAGCCGUGUCCUCUCUCUCUCCGUGGAACCUCUCAACCAGCCAGCGUCUUCCACAGACACAAGGUGUCAGAGACCUUCCCAAGCUGUCGCCACCCUCGGAGAUAAUUUCUUAUUUAUUAAGUGGAUGAUGGUUUUAUUUUUAAUCUCCUAGGACAGUGUAAGACUCCUUCAGAUUUCUUUGUUAAUUAUGAAUUAUGUAUGAAUUGUUGCCCAAAAAGUUAUACUGAUUAGAAAUGUCUGGCGUCUUCAGGAAAGCGAACGCUAGGACAGAGCCUCUGUGGGGUGCAGGGAUGGAGCCAGAGGAUGAGUUACUGAUGGGAGCAAAGUCUGGGGUUCAGAGGUCAUGCGAAUCUAAGACACAGAACAGGUAAAUGCCCCAGAUACAUUCCGGUUAGAAAAGUUAGCAAAUCCAGCAGCAGAAACCUGUCACCUGUACUGGAGAAGAAAGAAAGAGAGUGCCCAUGUGAUUGUCUCCGUGGGACACAUGCUAUACCUCUUGGUUACUAAAUGUAUUGUUAACUUCCUGAUCAACCCUCCAUGAGUGCGUUUAGAAAUAGAGCAUUAACAGAGAGCCACGAGCCAAAUCUAAGAAACAGGGAGCCAGGCAUUAAUUUUCCAUUUGUUGCUUCUUUGGUUUGUUGCUUUAUUUUUUAAAGGAGAAAUUUAACUUUCCUAUUUACUUUCAAGCAUUAGAGGAAUAUUCCCAUGAUAUUCUCUUUUCCAUUGGGGAUGCCGGUUUUUUUAACAAACACACUAGCAAGCCACCUCUGCCGUGUGGGUCUCAGAGAAGAAAAUGUUCUCCGGAGCAUCUGGGUAACUUCUGACCCACUGGGCCUCCCCGGGCCUGUGGAAAGCAGUGGUUCCCUCCAUUUAAACAGUGGGUGACUCCUCCCUAGGAAUUACAUUAAAAUUUAAAGACAGAAUAACAAUGAAAUAAUAAAUAAACUUCCCCUUAUGUGAGGAUGCUCUAUUCACUAAUAUUGGAAAACAACAGAUUUCUACCUAUUAACCCUUCAGUGCUUCUAGCUCUUCACAUCGUGAAUGGGGCCUUUAAAAUAGGUCAAGUUGGCUUGAAAUUUCUGUUAAAUUUUUCUUUCCACAUCUAUCUAUUCCUAUGAACUUUUCCCUUUAUUUUUUUAGAAUUGAGACAAUUAUAUGACUUGAGUCUU